AGGACGUCCCAGGGAGCUGGUUAGGGUCGAAGGGGCCAUGGAGCCCAGCAGGGACGGGGCCAACGCCACCGCCUCCGAGCUCGCCCUGCAGAACCGCCCCAACGCCAGCGCGCAGUUCACCGGGGUGCAGCUCAUCCAGUCCUUCAAGCCCCUCAUCAUCCCCUGCUACGCCCUCGUCGUCCUCGUCGGCAUCUUCGGCAACUACCUGCUCCUCUACAUCAUCUGCAAGUCCAAGAAGAUGCACAAUGUCACCAACUUCUUCAUCGGGAACCUGGCCUUCUCGGACAUGCUGAUGUGCGCCACCUGCGUGCCCUUCACCCUAGCCUACGCCUUCAACCCUCAGGGUUGGGUUUUCGGGAGGUUUUUGUGCUACUUCGUCUUCCUGAUGCAGCCCAUGACCGUCUACGUCUCCGUCUUCACGCUCACGGCCAUCGCGGUGGACAGGUACUACGCCACCGUGCACCCCCUGAAGAGGCGCCUGUCGGUCGCCGGCUGCGCCUACGUGGUGGGGGGCAUCUGGCUGCUGUCGGGGGCGCUGGUGGCGCCGGCGGUGGCGCACACCUACCACGUGGAGUUCCAGCAGCAGGGCUUCGCCAUCUGCGAGGAAUUUUGGGUGGAGGAGGAGGCGCAGCGCCUGGCCUACGCCUACAGCACCCUGAUCCUCACCUACAUCCUGCCCCUCUCCGCCCUCUCCCUCUCCUACCUCUGCAUCUCGGUGAGGCUGCGCAACCGCGUGGUGCCCGGGCACCCCACGCAGAGCCAGGCCGAGUGCGAGCGCCUGAGGAAGAGGAAGAUUUUCCGCCUGGUGGCCCUGGUGGUGGCGGCUUUCGGGGUGUGCUGGCUGCCCAUCCACGUCUUCAACGUCAUCCGGGACAUCGACAUCGGCCUGAUCCACAAGCGCUACUUCCUGCUGAUCCAGCUGCUGUGCCACUGGUUCGCCAUGAGCUCCUCCUGCUGCAACCCCUUCCUCUACGCCUGGCUGCACGACCGCUUCCGCGGCGAGCUCAGGAGGAUUUUCUCCUGCCAGCGCCGCGUCCUCCCCGCCGCCACCUGCGCCGUGCUCUGAGGGUCCCCCACGCUCCCACCCCCGGGGGUCCCCCACACUCACCCUCGUGGAGCCCGAUCCUUCCCCGUGGUGGAGGCGAGGUGUCACCCCCCGGCACGGCUCCCCCCCCUCUCCCCGGUGCCCCCAGGGGGGCUGAGACCCCUGGGCUCUCUGCCGGUGCCGCCCCGAGGUCCGUGCGCCCAGCCCCGGUGGCCAGGGGGUACCCGGGGAAAAGGGGGGGACGGGGCUGGGGUGGGCAAUGGGACUCCAGAGAGUGCCCGGGGAGCCUUGUGCUCGGUUUUGGGGCUGCACGGGUGUCAUUAUUGCAAAUUAAUCAAGGAAAUGGGGCUGUGUUUGGCUGGAACAAGCUUUAGGGUGGUGGUUUGGUGCCCCUCGUUAAGCGUGGCCUGUAAUUAAAAUCAUUCCUGGUGUUGGAAAUGGGGAUUCUCCCACGACAUUGUUUUCAGAGGGAUGGCU